AUGGUUUACUGCGGAAAGCCCAGCAAAGGCUGUGGGCAGUGUCGGACUAGAAAGAUUCGGUGCGACCAGGCCCGACCGGCUUGUUCCCAAUGUGUUCGGGCCAAGCGGGACUGCCCCGGAUAUCGGGACCAGCUAUCACUAAUGUUCCGCGACGAGAGCAAAUCAGUUGUGCAGAAAGCGGAGGCUAACACGUCUAAUCCCUCGACUUCUCGCCAUGCUUCUAACCAGAAAAGGCCACCAGGGCGUCUGAAUCGCAACGUAUCCCCAGAUAGGACCUUGGCGCUUGAGCUUACGGCAGCGGUGGAACCGAGCAGCUUCGAUUUUAACUUGGGUCCACUGCAUAGCUAUGCCUCGAAGCAGCUCUACCAGCUUCCAAUGGAAAUCCAACCACUCUUCGAACCGUCCAAGGAAGAGGCCAUAUCCUAUUUUCUCCGCUCCAAUGCGGUACCCGGUACCGUUUGGAUGAGUGACUUUGUCACCAACUUCAUCUCCCAGGCCGGUGGCUCGGCCAGUGCGAAGGCCAUGCAAUCCAGUAUAAUAGCUGUGGCGUCCGCUAUGUUAUGCCGAGUUCGGAAAAUCACCUCUUUGGCACGCACAGCACAGGAUGAAUACGUAUUGGCGCUUAAACUCCUCAACGCGGCCCUUGCCGAUGUGGAGGAGGCCAAAUCAAAUCAAACCCUGGGGGCAGUCGUUCUGCUUGCCAUUUAUGAAGUAGUCACUUCGAGAUCCCCACAAGAUAUCGAUCUCUGGACUAAUCACAUCACGGGUGCAACUGCUCUGCUCGACUUGAGGGGCACCGAUCAGCUUAAAACUGAAGUCGGCCUCCGUCUUUUUCUACAUCUGCGAUAUCAAGUUAUCAUCAGCUGCAUCCAACGGGACUCUCGAGUCCCCAAUUCAUUAUUAGAGUGUACCAAAUUCGCCAUGUUCUUGCGGCCAGGUGAGGCACAUAGCAAUCGCCUCAUCAUCAUCAUCGGCCGGCUGUCGAACCUUCGGGCGGAUAUGGAGGCAAAGAUAUUAACGGACGAAGGAGAAAUCAUUGCUGCAGCAUCCAGCAUCGAGGCCGAUCUGAUUGGCUGGCUGGCCGCCCUCCCCCCGAAUUCACCUACGAGACCCAUACCAAGUCACCUUACGAUUUCAUGUUCCAAGAACGAUGCCGCGGGUUGGCCCCUUACGAUGACCAAUACCAUAAUUAUCCUAAUCUCUGGGUCACCAGCACCUGGAACCAAUACCGGUAUCAUUCUCUCGCAUAUCUGGAAGAUGUCCAACUCUUCCUCACCUGGGGCCCGGUCCGACGAGCUGCGGCUGCACUGCAAAGCCCUACGUGCUACGAUGCGCCGCCUCGCGGUCGAUAUCUGCCGCAGUGUGCCCUAUCAUCUGGGUGCGACCCAAAAAGACGGGUCUCCUCACUUCCCACCCCCGGAGAGCUACAUCGGCGGGCUGAUGCUGCUCUGGCCACUGUUCUUGGCUGGCAUCACAGAGAAUGCUGGCCAUGCGCUACGCCGUUGGGUGGUGCAGUGCCUGAAGAUGGUGGGUCAUUCGUAUGGGUUUGACCAGGCUCUUGCCUUGAUGGAUAUUGUGGCGUAUAACCCGGGUAUGAUCCAUUCUGUGAUCGACGAGGAGAAGCAAGACCCCGUGGUCGAGGAGCAGUCUGCCUCGCCGUCGGCGUCGCCCGCGAGCAAGCCCACGUCCCUUCUUGACCUCGACAUCCGAUAUAUUCCUACCUCGACGGAUGCGAAUCCUUGA